AUCAACCCAUUGUUGACUGCUCCUUGCUGUAGAGGAAUGGAUCAGAGCCUCAUGGGUACAUGUAGACUUGUUGAUAAUAUAACUAGGUAAGUACGCAGGACCAUCUGCUGUCAAUGUGCUGCAUAUGCAGUCAACAUCCAGCAGAGUGAGUAGAGGAGUUGUUGUCACCCUAAUUACCUAAAAAAGGGGUCUCAUGUUGCCUUAAUUGCCUAUAAGAAAGAAAAAAGGGUCUCCUGUUUGUUGCCUUGCCUUGCCAAGUUGCCAUGAAUGGCAUUAUUAUAUAUAGCUGUUUCUGCCAUUGCCAGGCCAUCACCAUAAACUAAGCUUCUAGUACCAGUCAAAUACCUGUCGUGCUAAUGACACGCCUCCUCCUCCUCCUCCUCCUUAACCCAUGCGGCCUUCUUCCUCCCAGCUGGCUGGGUUCAUCACCAUGAGUGCUUCUCCUCUUCUGCACCAACAUCGCCAUAUAAUAUCAUCGAGCUUCCUGAUCAAAGAAGACCUGAGAGAGGAGAGAAACAGAGGGUUAGUUUGAAUGGUGGAAGCAGCGGGGCCUUUCCGGAGAAGGGGCGGCACCAUGGAGGAGGUGCAGAUGGAGGAGGCAUUCAUCUUCUCUCAAACCAUCAAGGACCUCAAGGCUCUGCGACCGCAGCUGUAUUCUGCAGCAGAGUAUUUCGAACUAGCCUACACACAGGAAGGCGGAAAGCAGGCGGUGAUGAGUAACCUCAAGGAGUACGCUGUGAAGGCCCUCAUCAACACUGUAGAUCACCUAGGAUCCAUAUCCUUCAAAGUCUCCAGCCUUGUUGAUCAAAAGCUCGACGAGGUGGCCGAAGCCAAUCUGCGGGCCUCCUGCAUCCAGCAGAGAGCUCAAACGAUCCAAGCAUGCGUGAACAGAGAAGGCCUGACGCAGCAAUCAUUGGUGAUCACCGCUCCAAAGUAUCACAAGAGGUACAUCUUACCAGCAGGAGAUGGUUCAGUUCCCAAUGCCGUGCCCAACUUCAGCGAGAUGAAUAAGGCCAAGAGCAGGACUACACAGAUGCAUCAGGCCUUCCGUGCAGCAGCAGCAUCUGCAGCUCAAACAAAAAACAAAGACAAGCAAGCUUCAUUCCGCAAGCUCCGGUCGAUUGCCCGUGCACCUUCUCAGAGUGCACGUUCAUCCUCUCCAGCACAGCAUCCGCGCUUCGUGCCACCUUCUGAUACUGCAAUACCCACCAAAAGAGAUAAAAGAUCGGAUUCACCAAUGUAUUCGACAACUCCACUCACAAGGUCUGGGUCACUCUCAAAGAAGUCAUCCUUGCUCAAGACAUCAAGUGUCAGGGUCCAGAUGCAGACAACUUCAGAUCCCAAGAGAUUGGUACCGCUGCGGUCAUACGCUGAUAGGUACAAUGACGAUUCCAAGGAAAGCGAUCAGACUCUGAAGAAGAGCAAGAAGUUCCUCAAGUCUCUGCUCAGUAGGCGCAAGUCUGGAAAAGAAGAACCACUGCAGGAUAGUGUCCCUUAGGCUGUAAAGGAUGAAAACUUUCAUAGGAGUGUCCAUUACUAUCCUCAGUACUCAGUUAACUUUGUGUGAUUCCUCUCAAUAGUAAUUAUUGUUUAUGUUUGUUCAUCAUUUGAAAGACGGUGCUUAAGGUGAGCCCUGGCCCUGGAAAUGACUUGAAUUAUUAUUAUUUUGCUCGAGAGCUAGGAGUGCUGGAUGACGUUGUUGGAUACAUGUAUCGGGUAAGGCAUUAACCUUUUUCUGUCUCUUUAACAGAACUCACGUUUUCAUGUUACAUCAGCAGUACAUUAGUUAGGCAAUGUACACUCAUCAAGUUAAGCAAACUGUGGCUUGUUGUGUUC